AUGACAGAAGAUACAAUAAAAGACCUUGCAAAAUACAAACUAAAUGCUGAAAUGUAUGAAAAUAAGUAUCAUCAAGCGGAGUAUGAAAAAGAAAAAUUCCGUGAAGAAGCUCGUCUUGGUAAAAAACAGUUAGAAUUAACAGAGAAUGCGCUAAAAGACGCUAAUGAAAAGAUUAAAGAGUAUCGAGAAAGAAUAAAAAAGUUUGAAACUGAUUUACAUACUUAUGAACUACUGAAACAUCGAAGUCAGGCUGCUGUAGUUGGACUACAGAAAGUUGCACGAGAAUCUCAAGAUAAUGUGAUUCAACUGGAAACACGUUUACGAAACUUGGUAGCAAGUCAGAGCUCUGAACAAGAAAAAUUGAAGAAAAAGCUUCAUGAAUCUGAAACUUUUCUACAGGAGCUAGGACGUAGAAUUGGUUUAUCUGAAGUGAAUACAGACUUUCACAAUGUCAUGGAAAAAGUUGCACAACGAUUAGAUGAGGCAGCAUUGUUUGAAGUCAAAUACGUGCAAAGUGAUUCAAAUCUGCACAGGGUUAUUGCAGAACUUGAUUCAGUUAAGCAAAGUACACAUGGUUUAACAAAGAGAGGCGAAGAUUAUUUGCAAGAAAGAAAAGUACUGAGUGAGAAAAUUAAUCUACUUGAAGCAAAAAAUCAAGAUUUAGCCUCUCAGCUGAAACUAAUGAGAAGUAUGUCACAAGCUAAGGAGACCAUCACAAAUGACUUACGUGGUGAGAUAGAGGAAUUAAAAAAGAAUAAACAAAUUAUCGAGGAAAAACAUAAACAAGCUACAUUCAAGUUGCAAGUUGAAAGUGCUCAAAUGAAAGCAUUACUAACAUCACUAUCUGCAUCUUUAUCAACCAUUGACAACCCAUGUGAACCAACUGAAAUCGGUGUCAAACAAUCUGUUGCCCGAUGUCUAGACCAGAUCGUUCAAAUGCGUGAGGCUGGAAACAAUUUUCAAAAUAAAGUUCUUGAACUUCAAAACCAGUUUGAAGCUCAGCAUAAAGCUGGUUUAGCAGUGAAUGUGGAGUUGAAACAAGCGAGAGAACGAGCACAACAGGCAGAAACAGACUGUGCACAAAUGAAAUCAGAACUAUCAGGCUUACGUAUUUUGAACAAACAAGAUCACGAAGAAAAAGAGAAAGUAAAAUCCCUAAUAAUUCAACUGCGUGAGUAUUUGGGGCUGCAACUAGAUCAUCAAGAAGUUACCAUAACUGAAAUGAUUUCAGCUUGUCUAGAUCGCACAGAAUAUUUGUUGAAUAGAGGUUGUUUACCGUGGGUGUGUGUACAGUCAAGCGAAAACAAAACACCAGAAGAAUAUGAAUGUGACCAUCAACAAGUUGAACAUUUAUCAGAUGAAGUAAUCAAAAGGCAGGGUGAUUUAUCUUUGAAAGAGUGGAGAUCAAUUGAAAAGCUAUGUAAGCUAUGCAGCGGAAAACUGAUAAAAUCAUUUUGCAAUCAACUGAAUGAAUUAUUUGGACAGACUGCAGAGAUGCAUCAAGCAAACAAACAAAUUCCAAAGUGUAAUGACCAUAUGUUGGUUAAAUUGCAACAAGAACUUGAAGCUAAACAGUUAGAAGUGAAUGAUGUUAGGAACCAUUUUGAAGUGGUGAGGGAAGAUAGAGAUAAACAGAUUGAUGAUCUGAACAAAACAAUUGAAAAAUUGAAUGUAUCUUUAAAAUCUCAAAAGCAGAAGUCUGAGAAACUUCAAAAACUAGUUGAGCAGCAAAACUCGAAGUCACAAAACAAACAAGAAGCCUUUAAAAUGGCAAAAAGCCUCCUAGUUGAUGCACACAACAAGAAGAAAAAACUGGGUACAUUUCGUGACCUUAUCGGUCGAAUGGUGGAUGUUGAUACACGCUUCACUCCAAAUCCCGACAUGGUUAUAUUUCAGAGACUACAACAACUUAUAGACUUUGCAGUUUCUAAAAGGUUGACAUCAGUUGGGCCAGAUGCAAUAGCACCAUUUAAUAGCAAAUAUAACACCAAUACACUUUAUCCAGUUCAGAAUUCUUUAGGCCUGCCUAUCAACCAACUAAAAUCCGCACACACAGCAAAUUUAGCUCUUCCAUCAUGGGAGCAAAAUCAUGAAGCCAAUUCAAACUUACACCCAAAAUAUCAAGGAAAAUCCAAACCCUUAAUAAAUGGGACACUGAAAAUUGUAAACGAGCAAAAGCCAAUAUCUUCACAGAAUUUUAAAGAAAAUCAACCGAAAAACUGCAAUACAUCUGUAUCAGAUAUGUCAAGAAAAUCAACUGAAUCACGUCUACAAAAAGAUGAUAGACAGUAUUAG